GUGUCCAAAUGAACAAGACAUUUGAAUAUACCCUGUGGUAUUCAUAUCUUCGUCAUCUUCAAUUUUUAUUAUUUAAAACAUAGUUAAUACUAAUUAUCUCCAUCUUCUUUUCAAAACUGUCCAUUUAGCCCAAAAUAGUCUUCUCCUAUGGCACAAUCCCGGAAAGUAGCAGUCAUCGGAGCCGGAGUAUCGGGUCUAGUGACGGCGCGUGAGCUACAAAGAGAAGGCCACAGAGUUAUAGUCUUUGAAAAAUCGAACAAACUGGGUGGACUUUGGGUUUACAAUCCCCAAAUUGAGACUGAUCCACUCAGUGUCGAUCCAAAUAGAGAAAUUAUUCACAGCAGUCUUUAUAAGUCUCUUCGAACAAAUCUACCAAGACAACUCAUGAGUUUCAGCGAUUAUCCUUUCAAAGGCGAAAUAAAUGGGAAAAUAUUGAAUUUUCCUGGGCAUGAACAAGUGUUGAAGUUUUUGAAUGAGUUUGCUGAGGAUUUUGGGAUUACUGAGUUGAUUCAAUUCAAUACGGAAGUUGUACGAGUUGCUCAGGUCGUACGAGUUGCGCAGGUAGAUUUUGAGGAAAAUCGUUGGGUUGUUGAGUCGAAAAUGGAUGAGUCGAUUUCAGAAGAGGUGUUUGAUUCAGUUGUGAUUUGUAAUGGUCACUAUACGAUACCCAGACUUGCAAAUAUUCCAGUUAAUUCCAAAGGUAUAAACAAUUGGCCUGGAAAACAAAUACAUAGCCACAAUUAUCGAGUUCCUGAGCCAUUUAAGGAUCAGAUUGUAGUUGUAAUUGGAGGUGGACCGAGUGGGCUUGAUAUUUCCCGAGACAUAGCUACGGUAGCCAAGCAAGUUCAUUUUUCAACAAAACCUUCUAAAAUUGGAGUUUCAAAUUUGGACGGUUAUGCAAAUCUAUGGAACCAUUCACAGAUUGAUCAUGUUGAUGAAAGUGGUGAAGUGACUUUCUUGGAUGGAUCUUCUAUUCAUGCUGAUAUCAUUCUCCACUGCACAGGAUACAAGUAUGAUUUCCCAUUUCUCGAAACUGAUGGAAUAGUAAGCGCAGAUGGGGACCGUUUUGUUGGACCACUAUACAAGCAUGUGUUUCCUCCAAAGCUUUCUCCCUGGCUCUCUUUUGUUGGUAUACCUUAUCAGACAAUAGUGUUUCUCAUGUUGGAAGUACAAGCCAAAUGGAUUGCAAAAGUGUUGUCUGGAAAGGUGCUUUUACCAUCGGAGGAGGAGAUGUUAGCUGAUGUUGAGGAUCAUAAUAGGCAACUUGAGCAAGCUGGGAUCCCAAAACGUCACACGCAUCGCCUAAACUUUCACGAGAUGGAGUACAUGGACUGGGUAGCAGCUCAAGUGGGACUGCCAUCAGUUGAUGCCGGCAUAAAGGAAAUGCUUUGGAGUAUUUACAAAUGUGCUGGUGAAGUAGGGUAUGAUCGCUAUAGGGAUUUGUGGGACCUUGAGAAUUUGACUCAAUAGUCUUUGUAGUUAUCAAACUAGUGUGUUUGAUAAGUAACAUCAUAUCUGUUCCUUUUAUGUUUUACAACAUUCAUUAUGUAUUUAUUCAAAAUAAGACCAUAAAACAAAAAGACGUGAUAGAAGAAGUAUUAUGCUUCAACUUAUAGAAAAGAAAUAAUAUUGGAGGAGACUUGCUCUCUGUUCUUGAGAUUUACUGAUAAAAA